UUCAUCAUAUUUCAACAAUUUCAAUUUAAUGUUAUUUUCAGAGUAACAGAAGAAAACAUCUCAACCGAAGGCGAGCCUCCUGCUAAAGCUAGUAGAGCACGGUAAAGUAGAAUGAAAAUGUAUUAUAUAUAUUAUUUAUUGCACUAUUUUUAUUUGUUAUUUACUGUAAACUUGGUUUGCUGCCCUACAGCAGCUACGGCUUAUGCCGCACGCCGAGAGAGGGCCACGAGUUGUGUUGUGUAAUACUUUUACAACGUGCCUGGAAGUUUAUCAUUAACUAUCUGUACAGGAUGGGCUUAACUGGACAAUCACUUCCUGUUUUAUAAAUGACAUUUCCUCAGGUCUAGAUUUACAUCAGUAAUCACACCAAAAGGCUUAUCAUGACAUCAUUUUCCCGUUGACAGACUUUCAGAGACUGAGUCUGAGCAGACUUCAAGUCAACAACAAAGUAGCGAAAGCCACCAAAAUGAACGUGCUGAUGACGCUGAAAUACGGUGAGUGAGUUUGGGUGAUUGUUUUAAGUUUAUAAAAAACUUGUGCUAUCUUAAUUGAAACUAAAACAAUCAUUUAUAAAAUACUUAUAACUUUUUGUAACAUUAUUUAUUUUCUUCUGUAUCAAACAGAGAACGCCAAGACAGCGCUGUUGAGCAGCGACAAGUGAAUUCAGGUGAGCCGCAUUCAUUUGAUUGCGAAUCUUGUUUUUCGAAUGCUUGAUUCCGAUAGUUUUAUUUAACCAAUGUUUGAUGAAAAACAGAAGACUUUCGAUAAACUAGACUAGUACAUGUGAACAUAAUUUUAAUGAGAUUGUUCUACGUAAUAUCCCCUUUUUGUUAACUUUGACAGGUCAUUGCUUGUACGACCUUCCUUCUGAUAUAUUGGAGCAUAUUUUUCAAUUCUUCAAAGUGAAAGAUUGCCUGAACAUUGUGGCACGUGUUUGCAGACGUUUUUAUAAAGUAGUGAAUGAUUCUGGGGCAUUAUGGCGAUCGCUGAAAACAGAUGCCGAAUUUGACGUUGAUAGUUUUGAGUUAGUCAUUGUGAAUCACGCCAAGCACUUUCGUGAUCUCGCAUUGCAGUUUUCUCAAAAACGUGUCCUUUACAAUAGUCCUGCUAUGCACAUUGAAAAUACUCUUCCAUUAUGUGAAAAUUUAAGGCAUCUGGAUUUAUCAUACAAUAUCUCAAUCACCACUAUAGAGUUCAUUGGCGAGAUAAAUUGUUUAACGAGUCUGAUUUUGACUGGCUGCACAAGUAUCCAGCCGAACAACUCAAUGAAUUGUCUAAAAUACAAUGGUAGUUCCCUUAAAGUGUUAAAUAUUUCUCAUUGUCAGUUUGGUGACGAGCAUAUAGCUUCUUUGAUAGAUGUUGUUGUAAAAAAUCUCACGUCCCUAGAAAUAUUUCAUGCGGAAAGCACCGCCCUGUUUUCAAUAGACAAUGCACGAGAAAUAUUUGAAACAAGGGAUCUCAAAGAAUUAGCUCUAUCCCCAAAUUGGGGUCCUCCACCUAUUUGGGCUGAUUUCUUGGAAGAAUAUCAACACGUUAACUUUGGAGAACAUUUUAAAGCUCAUCUAGAAAGGAUCAAGUUAGCAAAUUUU